AUGAGCGAUCCCCUCACAAAUCCAUCUCUUCCUCUUCCUUCCCCUCAUUAUCAACAACAUUUACAAAACGAAGAAAAUAAUGAUAAUUCACUAAUAGAUUUAAAUGGCUGGAGCGUCGUUGAAUCAUGGAAGAAUGAAAAUUUUCAAAUGAAUGAACAUCAAACUGGUUAUUUAACAAAUAUGUAUGCUUCUGAAAUUAUAUCACAUUUAUAUUUAGGAAG